UGAAAGAAACCCUGAUUAUUAGAAGUUACAUAUGAAUGGGGCAGACAUGGAAACCUGCCCAUGCUGUACAGUAAACAAAAGGAUUUGACGGUUCAGCCUAACUUCAGUAAAAAUGAGAUUACGGAGCUUGAUUCUCCUUGCAAUCAGCUGCCUGGCCACCGAGUUCACUGACGCUCUCACUGAAUGCAAAAACCCGCCGCCCGGUAUGCAGAAAAUGGUGCGGGGUGUCGACAUCACCAAGCUAGAUCUCCUGCCGCUGGAGAUUGUUGGAAACAACGGGUUAAAGAGUCCUGUUCUGAGUUUAACGUGCGCUGAGAACAAGUUGUGGAGGAAUGACAAGAGCGUGGAAUAUCAGCUGCCAGAUCAGGUUUGGCAUAUGACGACUGUUCCCGGUGGAUGGCUGUCUGCGGACGUUGAGAUCUACAAGUCAUACGCUGCUGUGAGGAAAAUGAUGGCCUACAAUGUGGGUGGGGAGGGAACACUCUGGAAAUUCGCCUUCUCUAUGAGUUACUCGUAUCAGAAGAUGCAAAAUGUCAUCACCAACACCUCUAAGUAUAUUUCAGAUACAUCUUCGUUUGAGUCAGCGACCAGAGUGGACCUAAACCCGGGGUGGGUUCUUGAAUUGGAUAAGUAUGCAAAACUGUACAUCAAUACAACCAUAACUGGGUCUGUAGAAUCCGAUGAAAGUGCGUAUAAUAAAUUUAUAGAAGAAUUCGGAACCCAUUAUUUUGCAAUCGGAAAUUUUGGUGGGUACAUUAGAUUGCUCACGGAAACGGAUAUCUCAUUUUUCGAAAAUUUGACUGAAACGGAUGCGCAACGAAGCAUAAAGGCGUCUUUCCAGAAUUCUAUCUCGUUUAAAGCCGGAACAGAAAAGAAAACUACUUCUAUAAGUCAGAGUUUUGAGGAUUCAUCCAAGAAAACAAUCAAAUAUUACGGAGGGGACACCAAUUUAUUACGGGCAAGUAGCGUUGACGAGUGGCAGCCGACAGUGGAUAAAGAUCCUUGGCUGUACUCCGGUCAACUUAAACCAAUCAGCGACCUGAUUACAGACGAGACGAAGAAGGCGUCAAUGAAAAAGGCUGUGGAAAAUCACGUGACGAAGAACUAUUUAUACGAGUUGGAAAGACUUAUCAGCACUGCUCGAGCGAAAUCCGACGACGUAGUUAUAAGUGAAUUGCAGGUGAAGGUUAAUGAUUUAAGAAAAGUUAAGCUACUUGGUGAAGAAGAGGUGGACAAGUUAAAGGAAGAAAUUGAAGCUGAAUUUCUAGUACCUGCUUGGUUUUCAAGCAACGUGAAUUUUUGUUUCAAGUGGCGGGCGGAUGGCGAUAGGGGUCAAUGCGGGGAUAAGGUCCCGAAUCUUCUCUGUGCAAAAGUCAAUUUAAAGACACAAGCGUACAAAGACAACACUGAUAAAAGAGGCGGAGGCUGUCAAAUGCAAUGGGGAAUCCAGGCAUCCGGACAUCGACCUGCGUGGUUCAACGACGUCAAACUAUGUUACAAAUGGUCAGCGGACGGUGACUCUGGGCAAUGCGGGGGUGGAGCUGAUAAGCUCUUAUGCGCGGGGAUCAACGAGUACACCCAAGCUUACAGAGACGACACUGACGGACGCCAAGGGGGUUGCCAGAUGUCAUGGAUGCUGCAGGUGCCAGAGAAAGCCCCACUUUGGAUUCGGACAACCAAAAUGUGCUUGUCGUGGUACCCUGAUGGCGAUUCGGGACAAUGCAGUCCACACAGCCCUAGAGAUCUGUGUGCCGCUGCCAACAAUUGGACAGAGUUUUACCUGGACAAUACCGACAAUCGCGGAGGCGGUUGCAGAAUGAGUUGGGGAAUGAUUUCAACUUUUUGAAAGGCACAGAGAGGGCGCUGCAUGUACAAAUAAAAGUAAACUAAAGUAAUACCUAACGGAUUUUCAAAAUCCAGAAACAAAAUACAAACUUUGUGAACAUGUUUGGAUAUAAUAAAUAACAUUUUAAAG